UUGGCGCGAAAUCGAACACUACACUUUUGGAGGCUCAGUAGUCAACAUCUCAUCAUCUCGAUUUAUUUUUUCGAUCGCUUAGUUGAGGAUAUGUCUGAUAAUCGUAACUUGCGCACAAGGAGAUCUCGAACAUUGAGAGAUGACAGAAGCUCUGAAAGCAGCGAGUAUUCAAGCAAGUACAAGGAAGAUGCUUUGGGUGCCUUGAGAAGUCCGAUACGAUCACAUGAGGACUCAAGCAGAAAACAUUGUAGAAGAGAUAGACAUGGACGGAUUCAGAGACGACAGAAAAUGAGCUCUCCAUACAAGAGGGAGGUGCCACUGGAUUCCAUCGAACACUUUCCACCACUUGGAUCAGCUCUCACGCCAGAUCUGUCUUUCAAACUGACAAAUGAAACACGAACAUCUCGAGGAUGGUGUGAGCAGAUGGAUGAGCUUGAAACCAGAACACGGGUUGAGAGAGAAAACCUUCAACGUUUCAGACGAAAACUGGAUAUGAACGCUGAUAAAGAUAGGAAGCGAUUUGAAGUUGAAGAUGAUGAGGUCAUACUUGCUCGCAGACAAAAGACUGUUGACUAUGGGAAAAAUACCAUUGGGUAUGACCGAUACAGCCAGACCAUUCCAAGGGCAAAGAGACAGAAGUGCCACCCAAAGACCCCCAACAAAUACUGGAAGGUGAGCCGCCGAUCCUGGGACACCCAGGUGAAGACCUGGAGGAAGCUGCUCCACAUCUGGGACCCACCCUCCACAGGGGGCGCACAUAACAGCAGCACUGAUGCAGCUAUUACGGAUUGUUCCUCUGAAGGAUCUCUUGAAGCAUCCAUGGAGCGUGAUCUUAACUUGGACUCGGACAACUAUUCGGACUCAGAAUCCACCUCUUCAGUUUCCUCAGUGAAGCGAUCCAAACCUUCAGUUUCCCCAGUUUUCAUGGUGCCAAACUCGGUCGUCCCACAAAUCAAGACAAACAUCCCCAGCAAUAUCAAGCAGAGCUCACCCAAAAAGUCUGAGAACACAGACAAUGAACUGUUGAAGACAUUUUCCAUAGAUGAUUUUGAAAUGGAUGACCCAGAAGAAAUAGACAGCUGGAAGUGAAGGCAUCGUUCUUGCCUUAUUGAUGUUCUCAUUACAUAUAUUACAUCUCAUUACAUUGUUAUGCAUUGUUCAAAUCUUUUUUCUGACCUGGAAAUACUUGAGUGCAUGAUGAAUGACAACUUGUAAAAUUGGUAAAAAUACAGAGGGUUUCAAUGUUCUGCAAAAACAUGUAAGCAGUGUUCGAAAUUUAGGGGGGUCCUUGAGAUUUGCUUGUUAGUAUUUGAAUAUUGGGAUCCCCUUGUUCUUUAAUUUUACCAUUAGAGUAAUGACAAAGACCUUUUGACUUUCAUGUUUAAUUUGAAUACUGAUUAGCAAUAGGUAAACUGUUAUAUUUUUACUAUAAACAUUUAUGUAGAUGUGAAAAACUGCGUCAUAUUUAUCAAACUGGAACAGGCUUUACAAAUAUGGGAAUAUUAUUUUAUCCCACACCACAAUUUAUUUUUUAAAAAGCUCAGAAAGAACUAAAGUGUGAUUAUUUUUUAGUCAUCCUGCUGUAAAUAUUUGCUUGUUUGUAAAUCCUGCCAUAUUUAAUGACUGUCUCUACAGUUCCAAUAUUACACUACAACCAGGGGUAGAUUUGACAACAAAUUCAUAUGAAGCCAGAUGGGCUUGCUCCUUUCAAAAGUUACUGGCCCUUCUCCAAAUUAACUGGCCCAAAGAUAAAUGUUUAAGGCCGAAAUUUUAGAACUCCUCACCCUUAAAAUGUCAUUUCCUGCACUCUGAGGUUAAAUCCUAGCUUCCAUUUGACAAUUUUAUGAGCAAAUAAAGAUGUUGUACAGAACAUUACAAAAUGGUCAUCCUACCGUGAUGAUCUUUGAGCCAACCAUUCGCACAACCUCAUCUCCCCAGAAUAUUUUCUCAUCCAAAUUACAAAAUUCAUGAGCAGUGUCCAAUUAAAAUAAUUGCACACACACAGAAGGGUGAAAUUUUGACUAGCCAGACGGGCCAUCAACUUUGUUUCAGCAAGCCUUUCAUAAUUUUAACUGGCCACAGGCCAAUGGGCCAGCAGUUAAAUCGACCCCUGCAAACACUAUUUGUUCAUGUGGUUGAGUGUUAAACUAUAAAAGCUUUACUUUCCCAGUUAAAGAUAAAAUGCCCUUGUAAUGUUAAAAUAAUGGGGAAAUUGUGAAAUUUGUACUAGCUGCAAGUUAGUGUUAAUUUCUAACCCUGUAGUUAGUGAUAAGUGGCAUAAUUAUAAUCACUUUAGUACCAAGUUAAUGUAACAUUUGCUUAUGAAACUGACAUUGUGGCCCGUGUCUUGUCAGCACAUCUGCUUAUUCAAGGAAGUGAUAACUUUUAACGACCUGCUUCACUUUAGGCUCAUCGGUAUCCUCCCAAAACGUAGACCUGCCAUCAGACCGGCUCAUCUCAUUGAACUGACGAGCCAUCAUAUGCCUGAAGUACUGUUGAUGUGAUGUGGUUACCCCAUCAAACUGCUCACCUUGUUUUUACAUUGCAUUGAACUUAGGUAUACUGCAACAAAUACAUGCUCAUCUCAUGUACGAAACUUUGAUCGCGAUUAUAUCACUGAAAUGAAAUGUGAAGUUGACAUUCCCUUUGUUCAAGUUACAAACAUAUCAAUAUUUCUAAAAGCAGUGACUGACUACUCAAUGAUGUACCAUAAUCCAUUGUUGUUUGACAUGGUGCAAACUGUUGAGAUUAUGUUGGAUGUUUGCCACUUCACUACACAGCAGACAGGCAGGGCCCCGCCGCUAUAUUGCCCAAAGCGGUGUGAAACCAUAAUCACUCAUCGGACUAUCAAUUAUGUUUUGAAAUAGUUGACACUUUCCUUGAAAGUAAUUAUUUAUAUUUAAAGGAAAAAUGUACCAAAAAGACAAAUUAAUCUAAAAGGGUAGUUUAUAUAUUUUUGUCUUAUAUUUUUUUAAGAACAGAUUAUUUUAUAGUCACUAAAACUGAAAAUUAUAUGGUAAAAGAAACCACAGUCCAAAAAACUUCCACCCAGCUUUCAGCAACACUGUCAUUAAUACAGCCUAUGCUAGUCUAAGUGUGGCCAUAUAAGGCUUAGGAAGUACCAGGCGCUUCUCUGAAAAUAUCUGCCCAAUCUCGUAGGUAUCCUUAAGACAAGAAAUUUCCUGUUAUUUUUAAUGAAAAAUGCUGAAAAGCUUAGCUGGUUUGAUUGUACAAGUAAAUUUAGGGCUUUUACAGGUGAUGUGUACCUAAAAAUGAAUAAAAAACAUUUUGAUUAUUUCUUUUAAUAUUUUUCAAAUUUAAUAUUAAAAAAGUCAACAUUGCAGACAAUAUUUUACAAUUAAUUAUGAAUAUUGGAACAUGUUGAUCAUGAUAAAAAAAAUAAAACUGUGCUAAAUCGUUUUGUGGUUGAUUUGAUGCAGCUCUUUUUAUGUAUAGAAAUCCAUGUACUUGUUUAUUUAUAUUGACAGUUAAAGAUUGUUGUAGCAACUCUGUGCAGGAAGAUUUUUGUAUGGAGGUCAAUUGAAAAUAAAGAUUUUAAUGUACAUAAA